UUUCGAUCGCAAGCCCUUCCCUUCGUCUUCAUCCCUAUCGUCUCUCUCUCCCUCUUCGUCCUUCGAACCCUAGCCACUACGCUCCGCCUCUGCCCCUCACGAUCGCAGUAAAGCGUGGGGAAGAUGCCUCCGCGGUCGGCGAGGAAAAGCGCCGCUAGGAAGAUGCCGUCGAGGGCGAAGAAACCCUCGCCGCAGUCGGCGACAACCCUUCCCCCUGCCGUCGAAGAGUCGCCCUCCGAGGUGGCCGCUGUGAAGGAGGAGCCGGCGGAAGAGGAGGUUCUCGCCGCCCCGCAUGCGGUGGAGGCGCCGGAGGAGGGGAAUACUCUAGCAUUGGAGAGCAGGGGAGAAGUGCUCGUAGAGGUUAAGACUGAGGAAGCAGAGGUUGAGGCUAUGGCAAUGCGGGAAACGGAAUCUGAGGAGAAGGUUGAAGGAGCUGUGAUCGUCGAGAAGAUUGGAGAGGCUAUUACGACUCAGGAAGUGUCUAUUGGAGAUGCUAUCGCGAUGCGGGAAGUUGAGGAUGAGGCUAUGGCGAUGCAGGAAAUGAAAUCUGAGGAGAAGGCUGAGGGAGCAGCGAUCGUCGAGAAGAUUGGAGAAGAAUUUGCCGCUGAAGUUAAUGGUGGCGGUGAGACAGCUUCGGAGAAAGGUGGUGAUUCAACUGUUCUUCCUUCAGAAAGCGUGGAAGCUCCAAAGGAUGCAGAUGAUUCUGCGAAUGAGACUGAUGUUGAUGAAGGUACAGAACAAGAAGUCAAGAAUGAAGCUGAAGUCAGCGAUGGAAAUGAUGAUGAAGGUGUAGAGGAAUCAAAUGAUGGUGAUGGAAAUAGAACUGAUGAUAAUGCAGAUAAUGAAGAGAAUGAUGAAGAUGCUGCUGCUCUGUAUAUGCAAGCCCAAAUGGAAGUGAGAAAAAAGCACAAGAAAUUUGGAGUAUUCGUUGGAGGGUUGGAUAAAAGUGCUGUUGAGAAAGAUCUAAUUGAAGUCUUUGGUGUGUUUGGGGAGAUUAAAUCUGUAAGGAUAGUUAGAAAUCCAGUAACACAGAAGAGUAAGGGAUAUGCUUUCAUUCAUUAUGCUAAUAUCGAUCAUGCAAAGAAGGCUCUUACUGAGCUAAAGGAUGGGACAGAGGUGAGAGGCAAACAAGUAGGAAUAUCUGCUAGUCAGGAUAAUGACACCCUUUACCUUGGAAAUAUAUGCAAGACUUGGACAAAAGAACAAGUGAUCGAGACACUUAAAGGGUAUGGAAUUGAACAACUUGAGGACAUAAUCUUGCCAGAUGAUCCUAAAAAUGAAGGCAAAACCAAAGGUUUUGCUUUUCUAGAGUUUAACUCGCAUUCAGAUGCGAUGGCAGCAUUUCAACGCUUAAGGAAACCAGAUGCUUUAUUUGGUCGUGAUAGAAGUGCUAAAGUUUCUUUUGCAGAAAACUCGAUGCAUCCAAGUGAAGAAGUAACAUUACAGGUCAAAACUGUUUAUAUUGAGAGUAUUCCCGAUUUUUGGGAUGGUAAGAAAAUCAAAGAAAUUUGCCAACAUUAUGGUGAAGUAGAGAAAGUACAACUAUUUAAGAAAUCCACAACUAAAAAGAAAAAUUUUGCUUUUGUUGAAUUUACAUCUCGAGAGAGUGCUGUAGCUUGCAUGGAGGGGGUAAAUAGUGCCCAGAAUGGGGAAGGAGAGGUCAAGAUUAAAGUAAACCUUGCAAGGCCUCCUAGCAAAGGACGGCUUGCCAAGCGAGGUGCUCGAGGUGGAUUCAAAAUUAACAAGGAUGGAGAAGUUACAAAACAAGUUGCCCAGUCCAAAAAGAAGAAAAGAGCCAAAUCAAAAGAGGUUUUUGUCCAGGGAAAUGCCAAAAGCAAACUGAAAAAAGAUGAAUCAAGUAGUAAGUCUCGAGGUAAAUGUGAUAUGCGUAAGAAGUACCAUAAAUCAGAAAAAUCUGACAAAGCACAAAAACGUGGUGGAGACAGGGGAAUUGUCAUUAAUGAACGAUUAUCAAAAAAAGCACGCAGAGAUUAUUACUAUGGUAAUUCGCGUGGUAGACCUUCCACUGUCUUUGAUCACCAAAUGGAUGCUUAUUCAGAAAAUCCGAGAGACAGUUACGUAUUGCAGACUGUUAGUCAUACCCCAAGAUAUGCACUGCCAGCAACUAACUACCAGGGUUAUGCUUAUGCUGGAGCUUCUGGAUCUAAAAUUCACCAUCCUGAUCUAGAGCCUCAUGCUGGAUAUCUUCCUGCUUCACAACAUCGCCAAUACCCUUAUGGAUAUGAGCAAAGAGUUGCUCCUUAUGAUGUCCAACCAAAUAGAGGUUCUGAAUUCACCGGAGGACUAUCAGCAACUCAAACAUCCUUCCCCGUGUAUUCGAGCUCAACUGGUUACCAGGGUGGUUAUGCUUAUCCUAGUAUCGGAGCGUAUCCUGGUCGCGUUAACCAUGCACCUCGCGGCUAUUACUGACGCACAUAGUCUGCAUCUGGUCAUUGAUUGUUCUGAAGGUGGCCUGUUGGCAGACACUGAAUGAUUAAGAUUUCUAAAAGGUGAUAGCUACUCCAUAAGAUCUUUUUGUUUCACCUUGAUAGUGUAUCAUCUUAAAGGGGCUGAAAGCUUCCAUUUGUCUCGAUUAAUGGUCACUCUCAAGAUUUACCAGUGCAAACAAGCCAUUGAGUUUUUUGUUUAUUGCCAUCUGUGCUUGUGCUGGGACUAAAAUGCUUGUGGCUUCAUGAAACACAGUUGUUGUAUAGGGAACAUGAUAUCUGGGUUUUAUGUAUGGAAUCUGGUUGCAGUAUGCUGCUAUAGUUACUCUA